AUGGAUCCAUUGAAUAAGAAAAUUGAAGAUCAAUUUAUAUGUGUUGAUUGCAUAGCUGAAAAUCCAUAAACCAAAUAUCAGACUAUUGAAAAUGAGGAUAACUAAUGGAAAGUAUAGUAAAGAAGCUGA